AAUAAGAAAAUAACAACAUAAAAAUAGUGAAUAAAAUCUGAAAUUUAUCCAAAAAAAAAAACAGAGAGGUGCGAAGAAGAAGAAGAUUGUGGAACAAGUUGGAAAUGGCUCAUCUCUCGUCCAGUACCACCAUCUCCACCCCUCCUCUUCUGUCGAAGCAAAGGCCAAGGACACUAAUUCAAUACCCAUUUUCAUCUACAUCCCACUUGACAACUCCAAUCGCUAGUUUUCGGAGAACCAAUCGGUUGACAGCGUUUUGUUUCAAUCCCACUGAUGAACCCAUUCUCAAAGAUGCAUUAAAGGAGCCAGUUGCUUUCAUGGGAGGGUUGUUUGCCGGAUUGUUACGACUUGAUUUGAACGACGAUCCGCUCAAAGAAUGGGUUUCUAGAACUGUGGAAGCCUCUGGAAUAACGGAAGAAGAAAUCGAUGCAGACGGGUUGAAACCAGAGGAAGAAGAAGUCCCAACACAGAUAGAGAUUGAAUGACAUUCUCUACUAUGUUUGAACCUUGUAAAUUUGAUGUUUUAUUGAAUAUCUUUUCCAUUGUCUAAAAUAGGUUAAAUAUAUUUAUAUUACAAAUAUGAAACUUCUUAUAGAAAUUAGAUCGGACAAGCAAUAAAUUUGUAAUGAGUUUUGGUAAAUUUUGAAAGAAAUGGUUAUGAAUUAUGGAGUUCUAAAGCUUCACUUGUUUUCAAUGAAA